CGAAGCCGCUCCGUUUAGCGGCCAAAAUAGCAAUUAUCUCGUCGUCUAGUAGGCUCGCCCCCUACACCUCAUCGUCACUCCCACCUCCUCCGCCAUGGCCGCCGCCGCCGCGCUCCUCCGCCUCUCCCGCUCCCGCCGCGCGCCGCUCCUCCCCAUCACAUCCCUCCGCCUCCUGCCAUCCGCUCUACGGCUCGAGUACCACCACUCCCAGGCUCCUUCCUCCUCCGCCCGCGGCCGCCUCCCCGCCUUCCUCUCCAUCCUCGCCGCCGCGGCCGCCGCUGCCGGAGGAACUACCGUCGCCCUCUGCGACUCCGGCGUCGACCACCGGGUCGGGGGCAAGGAGAGCACCGAGCUGGUGGUGCGCGGGGAGCGGAAGCGCGUGCCGCAGGAGUUCAUCGACGAGCUCGCCUCCUUCCUCGGGGAGAACCUGACGGUGGACUACGAGGAGAGGUGCUACCAUGGCACGCCGCAGAACAGCUUCCACAAGUCAGUCAACGUGCCCGAUGUCGUCGUCUUCCCGAGGUCCCAGGAUGAGGUACAGAAGACUGUGAUGAUCUGUAACAAGUACAAGCUGCCAAUUGUACCAUAUGGUGGGGCUACAUCAAUUGAGGGUCACACAUUGGCACCUCAUGGUGGUGUUUGCAUUGACAUGUCUUUGAUGAAGAAAAUCAAAUCCCUGCAUGUUGAGGAUAUGGACGUAGUUGUUGAACCAGGAGUUGGAUGGAUUGAACUGAAUGAGUACCUGAAACCUUAUGGUCUUUUUUUCCCUCUUGAUCCAGGGCCUGGGGCCACUAUUGGAGGAAUGUGUGCUACUCGCUGUUCAGGUUCACUAGCUGUGAGGUAUGGAACAAUGCGGGACAAUGUAAUCAAUCUUCAGGCUGUCCUACCAAACGGUGAUGUUGUCAAGACAGGUUCACGUGCCCGAAAGAGUGCAGCUGGAUAUGACCUUGCUCGUUUGAUCAUCGGGAGUGAAGGAACUUUGGGGGUGAUUACAGAAGUAACUUUACGGCUUCAAAAGCUUCCAUCUCAUUCUGUGGUUGCAAUGUGCAAUUUUCAAACCAUCAAGGAUGCCGCUGAUGUUGCUAUUGCAACAAUGCUUUCUGGUAUACAGGUCUCAAGGGUGGAAUUGUUGGAUGAGGUUCAGAUAAGGGCAAUAAACAUUGCAAAUGGUAAAAAAUUACCUGAAGUUCCAACCUUGAUGUUCGAAUUCAUAGGGACAGAAGCCUAUGCUCUUGAACAAACACUAUUGGUUCAAAAGAUUGCCACGGAACACCAUGGGUCUGAUUUUGUUUUUGUAGAAGAGCCAGAUGCUAAAGAAGAGUUAUGGAAGAUCAGGAAGGAAGCACUUUGGGCUGGUUUUGCCAUGAAACCUGAUCAUGAGGCUAUGAUAACGGAUGUUUGUGUUCCUUUGUCUAGACUUGCAGAAUGCAUAUCUGUUUCAAAAGAAAAGCUUGAUGCAUCACCAUUGACUUGUUUGGUUAUCGCACAUGCUGGUGAUGGAAACUUCCACACAAUAAUCCUCUUUGAUCCUAGUCAAGAAGACCAACGGCGUGAAGCAGAGAGACUAAACCAUUUCAUGGUUCAUACUGCUCUCUCUAUGGAAGGUACCUGCACAGGAGAGCAUGGUGUAGGUACAGGGAAAAUGAAGUACCUAGAGAAAGAGCUGGGCAUUGAGUCGCUAAGGACAAUGAAAAGAAUAAAGGCUGCGUUGGAUCCCAACAACAUCAUGAAUCCAGGGAAACUGAUUCCACCUCAUGUCUGCAUUUGAUGAUACUGACGUUCCCAAGUGGCUCGGCGACUCACUGGCUGAUUCAAUGGAUUCCACUCACGAUGUUGGUUGUUCAAGCGUUAAGCCAAGUUUCAAUGCAAAUCGUAGCGUUACCUCUGAAUUCGCAUUGAACCGCACAGAGAUUUAGAACUGCUGUGGAUCGAGCAAAAAAGGGAAAAUAAACAUGAACACUAGAACUCCUGUUAUUCUGAGUCAAACUGGUUCAUGCUGCAAAUAAAUGAGCAAAACUUCGUUCCAGUUGCUUUUUGAAACA